AUGGAGGUACAAUUGACGGCGGGGGCAAUCGAGAUGAUAAGGAACAAACAAGUGAAAAGCGAGAAAGACAUGGUGUUGAUUCUGCAAGUGGCGCAUUUGAAGGAGUACAACUCUACACUACAGAAAGGGCUCGCGAAGAAGAGGUAUAGAAUGUCGUUAUCAGACGGGACUGAAAUCCAACUUGGAAUGCUCGCCACUACUCAGAACUACCUUGCCGACGAAAAUAUUCUCCAAGUCGGUUCCAUUGUUCGACUCAAUUCUUUCAUCUGUAACAAGAUCGAGGAAAGAAGGGUUGUUAUCGUUAUGGAAUUGGAUGUGAUUAAAACACAUUGUGAUACAAUUGGAAAUCCUGUUCAAAGAGGAGGAAAGCCUAAUGAUCAGCGUGCAGCAGAUUCAAAUACAAGUGGUGUUCAACAACAGGUUAAGAGUGAACCGAGUGUUAACCGUCAAAUCAACAGUACCGAGACAGUGAGAAGUCAUGUUCAUGUUGGUCAAGAAAGACAAGUGCUUGAUCAUCCAGCUCCAUCACCUCAAGUUGGCCAAGAAAGGCAGGUGUUUGGCAAUGGUUCUACUCUUCCUGCACCCUCCGCUCGAUCAUACACCAAUCCUCCUGCAGCUCAUGCUCGUGAUCCUCCAGCCACUUACCCUCGUCAGGCUGCUUAUCAGCCCCAGCAGCGAGCACCAGCGAUGUAUGCAAACAGAGGACCAGCAGCAAGGAACGUUGCUUCUCCUAGUGUGGUGCCAAUCAAUGCUCUUAACCCGUACAACGUCAGGUGGACCAUCAAGGCGAGAGUCACGAGCAAAGGAGAGCUCAGGCGUUACAACAACCAGCGUGGCGACGGGAAAGUGUUCAGCUUUGACCUUCUUGAUGCUGAGGGUGGAGAGAUACGUGCUGCUUGCUUCAACGCUGUUGCUGAUCAGUUCUUUGACCAGAUCGUUGUUGGUAAUCUUUAUCUUGUUUCGAAGGGAACUCUGCGUCCUGCUCAGAGGAAUUUCAACCAUCUCAACAAUGAUUACGAGAUCAUGCUGGACAAUGCGUCAUCGAUACAGCAAUGCUACGAGGAAGACGCUGCUAUUCCUCGGCAGCAGUUCAGUUUCCGUUCCAUUGGUGAUAUCGAAAGCUUGCAAAGCAACAGCAUCGUUGAUGUGAUUGGUGUUGUGUCGUCUGUCAGUCCUACUGCAACGAUAAUGAAGAAAAACGGAACUGAGACGCAGAAGAGAGCGCUUCAGAUGAAGGAUAUGUCAGGGAGAAGCGUUGAGGUGACAAUGUGGGGCAGCUUCUGCAAUGCAGAAGGACAGAGGCUGCAAGAUCUUUGUGAUUCUGGUGCGUUUCCGGUUCUUGCUGUGAAGGCGGGAAAGAUCAGUGAGUUUAACGGGAAAGCAGUGAGCACCAUUGGAUCAAGUCAGCUCUUCAUUGAUCCAGAUUUCGUUGAAUCUCAGAAGCUGAAGGAAUGGUUUGAGAGAGAAGGGAAGAGUGUCCCUUGCAUCUCCAUAUCUAGGGAGUUUUCCGGUACUGGGAGAGUAGAUGUUCGCAAAGCAAUCUCUCAGAUCAAGGAUGAGAAGCUAGGAACUUCGGAGAAGCCGGAUUGGAUCACAGUCAGUGCCACUAUCAUCUUCUUGAAGUUUGACAACUUCUGCUACACGGCUUGUCCUAUCAUGAACGGUGACCGUCCGUGCAGCAAGAAGGUCACAGACAAUGGAGAUGGGAGAUGGCGGUGCGAGAAGUGUGACCAGUGCGUUGAUGAAUGUGACUACAGGUAUAUACUGCAGCUCCAGUUACAGGACCAUACAGGUGUUACUUGGGUCACAGCGUUCCAGGAAGCUGGUGAGGAGAUAAUGGGCAUGCCUGCUAAAGAAUUGUAUUUUGUGAAGCAUGAAGAUAAGGAUGAGGAGAAGUUUGAAGACAUCAUCCGUAGAGUUGCGUUUACAAAGUACAUCUUCAAGCUGAAGAUAAAAGAAGAAACGUAUAGCGACGAGCAGCGUGUGAAGUCAACGGUUGUGAGAGUGGACAAGGUGAAUUAUUCGUCAGAUACUAGGAGUGUUCUUGGUGCCAUGGAUAAACUCAGGGUUGAGAAUGCAAGUUCUGUUCCUGUAAAGCAAGAAGGGUCUCAUUACAAUGCUGAUGCAGGUAACACUGGUAUUGGAAGCUCCUCAUCGGUUGAAAGAAGGGAAUUCGGUUUACCUGCUAACCAAUUGGGUCAAUAUGGGAAUCAGUUUGGUAAUGGCUCUAACAGAGGCACGUCCGAGAGUUAUGGAGGAGGGCUACCGAGGCAACAUGUGGGAAGCUUCUGA